AUUUGUUUAUAUAAUUCGUUUGAGUGCAAUGGUUGUGUCGGACGUGCACAAUCUCGCCUUCUACAAGAAGACCAGGAGAGGCGGAGUCGUGAAGGUAGUUCGCGAGUUGUACCUCAGAGACGGGAUCCCUUGUGGAUCGAAUGCAUGUUCAGAAUGUUCCUCGAACCUUACUGGUAGUGUCAGUUUUGAAGAUAGAAAAGAUAGAGAUGGGAAAUGGUUGGAUGAUUUGAGUGGUGAUUCCAAUCAGAUGUAUUUGGUGUUUGACACCAACGUUCUUAUUCAGAAUAUAGAUUUGGUGGAAGAUCCAGCUAUCCAAAAUGUGAUCAUUCUCCAGACAGUGCUGAGUGAAGUAAGACAUAGAUCCUUGCCUAUAUUCAAGAGAGUGAAAGACCUCAUAUCGGAGAAGCGCAAGUUCCACCUGUUCAUGAAUGAGUUCUCAAAACAGACCUACUCUAUUCAGAAACCGAAAGAGACGCCCAAUGAUUUCAAAGACCGACUGAUCCGAUUGGCUACAAAGUUCUACCAAUCACAUUUGCCAAGCGUGAAAACUGUUUUAAUUUCAAACGAUAUGGCGAACCGAGAAAAAGCCAUAGAUGAAGAAAUACCAGUAAAAUCGUUAAAAGAGUUUGUACUUGAAUUGCAUCCCGAAUUAACAGAUAAGUUAAGUUCUGACAAUUCAAGCUCGCUUCCCAGUUCGGCUGCUAUUUACGAAGAUCAUCAGCCCUUAUCGAAACUGAAAAGCGGAGUAAAAAGUGGUCGGUUAUUCCAGGGUAGUUUCCAAGCGUCCAGGUACAAUCCCUUUGAAGGUCACGUGUUUUUGGAAGACAAACAGGUAUUCAUUCAUGGAAAACUACAUGUAAACCGAGCUUGUCAAGAUGAUGUUGUUGCUAUAGAAAUGUUGCCUGAAAGCGAGUGGAAAAGUUUUUAUGAAACAACAGUCGAUGAUGAUGAUGAUGAACAAAGUUCAAAAAACGUCAACGAAGAUGAAGAGGAAAAAAUUCCGAAGAAAAAACGAAAAAAGAAAAAUACAAGCGAAGUUGCGCCAUGUGCUAAAGUAGUCGGAAUAAUCAAAAGAACUUGGCGACCUUUAUGUGGUGCUUUAGAACAAUCAGUUGUGAAAUCAGGAGUUUCUCACCUAUUCAAACCGGCCGACUCCCGAUUUCCUAAAGUUAGAAUAGAAACACGGCAGUAUCAAGCGUUGCUUGGCAACCGAAUCAUUGUUGUAAUCGAUGCAUGGCCUAAAGAUUCAAAAUUUCCACUAGGUCACUAUACCCGGAAUUUGGGCAAAAUUGGAGUGAAAUCUACUGAAAAUGAAGUUCUGUUGUUAGAACACGACAUUCCUCACCAACCAUUUUCUGAUAAUGUUUUGAGUUGUCUGCCGAGUUUACCCUGGAUUAUUUCGAAAGAGGAAAGGGAGCAGAGACUGGACUUGACAGGGUUUGAUAUCUGUAGCGUGGACCCCCCUGGAUGUACUGAUAUUGAUGACGCCCUUCACUGUAGAGACAUUGGAGACGGAUUGUAUGAAGUUGGUGUUCACAUAGCCGAUGUCUCCCAUUUUAUAAGACCGGGUACAGCUAUUGACGAGGAGGCUAAGAACAGGUGUACUUCUGUGUACUUGAGUGACAAAAGGAUAGACAUGGUCCCCACUCUGCUCUCCUCCAACCUGUGUUCACUCAGAGAGGGGGUGGAGAGGUUCGCAUUCUCAGUCAUCUGGCAGUUGGACCAGGAUGCUAAUAUUAAACACACAAAGUGCACCAAAUCCAUCAUAAAAAGCAGAAGAGCAUUCACAUACGGCGAGGCUCAAAUGAUGAUAGACGAUAAUACACAACAGUCAGAUCUGGCAAACGGACUUCGAACUCUAAACAGUCUGGCUAAAAAGUUAAAAGCCAGAAGACUUGAACAAGGUGCUUUAUUAUUGGCAUCACCUGAAAUUAGAUUCCACGUUGAUAGUGAAACACACGAUCCAAUAGAAGUGAAGAGAAAAGAGUUAAUGGAGACUAAUUCACUAGUUGAAGAGUUCAUGUUGUUGGCGAAUAUCACCACCGCUAGAAUUACUCAUGAGAAUUUUUCGGAGUGUGCGUGUUUAAGGAGACACCCAGCCCCUCCGUCCAGUAACUUCGACAACUUGAUCAAGGCUGCAAAAAUGAAGGGUUUGGAUAUCAAGGCUAAUUCGGCCAAGGAGCUGGCAGACUCCUUUUCAACAAUCUCGUCCCUCAAUCUGGGCAGACUGGACAUUUUGUUGCGCAUCAUAGCCACCAGGUGCAUGAUGCAGGCUGUCUACUUCGCCAGUGCAUUCGUACCGCAGCCCGAUUUCGUACACUACGGGUUGGCCACUCCAAUCUACACGCACUUCACCAGUCCCAUCCGGAGGUAUGCGGACAUUAUGGUGCACAGACUGCUGGCAUUCGUCAUAGGGGCCGACGUCUCCUUCCCCUCCAUGCUGGACCCGAAACACGUGCAGAACAUAUGCAAUACCAUCAACUACAGACACAGGAUGGCGCAGUAUGCUUCGAGGGCCUCAGUGGCCCUCCACACUGAAUUGUACUUCCGCAGCAGGAGAGAGGUGAGAGAGGGUCACGUGUUGAUGGUGAGACGCAAUGCACUCAUAGUGUUAGUCAUGCACUAUGGCCUGGAGACACCCAUGUACUUUCCAAAGGAACUCACAUCUGCAGGAGAUGUUGUGUUCGAUGAAAAUGAACCCUCGGUGUCAGUCAAGGGACACAAAUUCAUGAUGCUAGACGAGAUCCAGGUUGAGAUAUCAGUAGACAGGACAGACGAACAACACCCCAAGAUAGUGUUGAAGUUAGUGUCUCCAAUUGUGCCGGGAUUAUCUCCUGAUGAUGCUGAUACGAUCAAAGAGCAGCUUAAAACACCAACAGAUUGAGCUCAAUUGGUGAUUGGCUUUUUUGAAAACUGAUUUUUAAUAAAUGAACUAAAAUGAUGAAAAAAAUAUCUGUUGUUUUGAAAACUGCUUGUUUGAGA